CUCGGCGGGAGGCGGGGCGCCCGGCAGCGGCGGCGGCGGCGGCGGCGGCGGCCACAGCAGCCUGGUCGGCGGCCGCGGAUGGAGCGGCCAAGGAAGAAAACCUGAGACAUCAACCUAUGAAGACUGUGAAGACAAUUCUGAAUAGCAGGAGUGACUGGUGUAGCUGUCAAACUUAUUCUGCAGAGCAUCUGAAAUGAGCCUCUCUUAUUGAUUGUUUUCAUUGGCCCAGAGCCAGGAGUACUGAAUUCAGUUGACUUCGUAAAUGUAUGAACCAGUGUGAUGGUGAAAUGAGAUGAGGCUCCGAAAUGGAACUGUAGCCACCGUUUUAGCAUUUAUCACUUCAUUCCUUACUUUAUCUUGGUAUACUACAUGGCAAAAUGGGAAAGAAAAACUGAUUGCGUAUCAACGAGAAUUUCUUGCUUUGAAAGAACGUCUUCGGAUAGCUGAACAUAGAAUCUCACAGCGCUCUUCUGAAUUAAGUGCCAUUGUACAGCAGUUCAGGCGUGUAGGAGCAGAGACAAAUGGAAGUAAGGACACGUUGAACACAUUUUCAGAUAAUACCUUAAAGCUAUUAAAGGAGUUAACAGGCAAAAAAUCUCUCCACGUGCCAAGUAUUUAUUAUCAUUUGCCUCAUUUAUUGCAAAAUGAAGGAAGCCUUCAACCUGCUGUGCAGAUUGGUAAUGGAAGAACAGGAGUUUCAAUAGUAAUGGGAAUUCCUACUGUGAAGAGAGAAGUUAAAUCUUACCUCGUAGAAACUCUUCAUUCCCUUAUUGAUAAUCUGUAUCCUGAAGAGAAAUUGGACUGUGUAAUAGUAGUCUUCAUAGGAGAGACAGAUAUUGAUUAUGUACACGGUGUUAUAGCCAACCUGGAGAAAGAAUUUUCUAAAGAAAUCAGUUCUGGUUUGGUGGAAAUAAUAUCACCUCCUGGAAGCUAUUAUCCUGACUUGACAAACUUAAAGACGACAUUUGGAGACUCUAAAGAAAGAGUAAGAUGGAGAACAAAGCAAAACCUAGAUUAUUGUUUUCUAAUGAUGUAUGCUCAGGAAAAGGGCAUAUAUUACAUUCAGCUUGAAGAUGAUAUUAUUGCCAAACCGAAUUACUUUAACACUAUCAAAAAUUUUGCCCUUCAACUUUCUUCUGAGGAAUGGAUGAUACUAGAGUUCUCCCAGCUGGGCUUCAUUGGUAAAAUGUUUCAAGCGCCAGACCUCACUCUGAUUGUGGAAUUCAUAUUUAUGUUCUAUAAGGAGAAGCCCAUUGAUUGGCUCUUGGACCACAUUCUUUGGGUGAAAGUCUGCAACCCUGAAAAAGAUGCAAAACAUUGUGAUAGACAGAAAGCAAAUCUACGAAUUCGUUUCAGACCUUCCCUCUUUCAGCAUGUUGGUCUGCAUUCUUCACUAACAGGAAAACUUCAGAAACUUACGGAUAAAGAUUACAUGAAACCAUUACUUCUUAAAAUCCAUGUAAACCCACCUGCAGAAGUAUCUACUUCUCUGAAGGUCUACCAAGGACACACACUGGAGAAAACAUAUAUGGGCGAGGAUUUCUUCUGGGCUAUCACUCCGACAGCAGGAGACUACAUCUUGUUUAAAUUUGAUAAGCCGGUCAAUGUGGAAAGUUAUUUGUUCCAUAGUGGCAACCAAGAACAUCCAGGAGAUAUUCUGCUAAACACUUCUGUGGAAGUUUUGCCUUUUAAGAGUGAAGGUUUGGAAAUAAGCAAAGAAACCAAAGACAAACGAUUAGAAGAUGGUUAUUUCAGAAUAGGGAAAUUUGAGAACGGUGUUGCAGAAGGAAUGGUGGAUCCCAGCCUAAACCCCAUUGCAGCCUUUCGACUUUCAGUUAUUCAGAAUUCUGCUGUUUGGGCCAUUCUCAAUGAGAUUCAUAUUAAAAAAGUCACCAACUGAUCAUCUCCUAAGAGACCAAUACAUUUUUUCCUGUAUGUUUGUUGAUUAAAGAUAGUGAACCAUGUACUUUUUUUUUUUUUUACUUGAACACUACCUCUUGUGAAUCUACUGUAGAUGGUUGUCAUUUCCACUCGGCAAGUGACUCUCCCACGGAUAAUAUAUUCAUUCAAACCUAAGCUGUCCUCCAGUUUUAACUUGACUCAAACAUUUUACAGCUACGACAGCCUGUUAAUAUGACUUGUACUACUUAGGUAUUAUACUAAUACAUAAGAGUUGUACAUAUUGUUACAUUCCUUAAAUUUGAGAAAAAAUGUUAAAUUUUAUGAAGGGGGUACUUUUGAGAUUCAUUUAUUUUACUAUUAUAGACCCUCUUUUAUAGAUUAUCAGGGAUUAUAUAUAAAUAUAUAAAUAUACAUAAAAUGUUAUGGAAUUAAUUUAUUAGAAACACUUAAGAAGUACAUAUUUUUGUGCAGUAAAUUUUUGAAUCGAUACUUUUUUUGAAAACCAAUUACCUUGCUUUUUUAAGUUUUCUGUAUUUUCCUUCGGAAAACCAAACAUAAGUUAAUGCCAUUUUUCAAAUGCACUGCCAUUUCCGAGUGAUUCUAGAUUGAUUUCCUUACAGAAGUGCUUUUUGACAGUAGCCCCCCGCCCCACCUUACCUGCAGUUUGGCUUUCCACGGUUUCAGUUACCCUUAGUCAACUGUGGUCCAAAAAUAUUAAAUGAAAAGUUCCAGAAAUAAACAAUUCAUAAGUGUUAAAUGUGCGCCGUUCUGAGUGGUGCGAUGAACUCUCACGCCGGCCCUCUCCCGCCCACCUGGGACGUGAGUUACCCUUUGUCCAGUUUCCGCACCUCACUUCAUGUCGCCACGCAGGCAUUGUAUCAUCUUGCCUCACAAGGAGGAGGGUGAGUACCGUACAAUAAGAUACUGAGUUGGACCACAUUCACAUAACUUUCCUUACAGUAUGUUGUUAUAAUUGUUCUGUUAUUAGUUAUUUUCAACCUCCUCCUGCGCCUGAUUUAUAAAUGUUAUCAUAGGUGCGUAUGCACAGGAAAAAACAUAGUGUACAUAGGGCUUGGUACUAGCCGUGGUUUCAGACAUCCACUGGGGGUCUUGGAACAUGUCCCCUAUGGAUAAGGGGGGGACUACUGUAAUUGCUGAUCUUGAGCAAAAUGUUUUUGUCAUUCCUUAAAGCCAAGAUUUUUAAACCAAUGUCCUUUUUGAGGCUUAUUUUACUAUAUUGUGUAUGGUGUAUAGCCACAAAAAAAAUCAGUCUGAUAAUUUUAAUGUACAGGGAUGAUGCCUUCAACCCAAAUUAUCAUGGAUUUAGCUCAUUAUAUUUCCUCUGAUGUGUAAGAUGAACUCUUUUUGAUUUUGUCUUUAUUCUGUGAGUUAGAUGCAUUAUCUCUUUUCUUGUUGAUCCUUAUAUAUCUGCACUCAUGAGUUUUGACAAAAUGUUUUCUAGAUAAUGCUAUUGUGUGUCAUAACUGGUUUAAUAUUAAAGAAAAACAAAAUUGUGAUAUUGGUUUUUGAUGAAAGGUAUUGUAGCAGUUGUAUGUUUUUCCAAAAUGAUGUUUCCUAUUGUAUUAGAACUUAUAAGUAAAUUCAUAUCUAAAGUGUAUUAUUCAUAAACAUGGAGUUCCAAAUUCUGAAACAUACUAUAACAAAAAUAUUACUAGCUUUAGCAAUCAGUGAUCUUUACAAAAGUAUUUUACUUUUAACAUUUUCUGAAUUAUCAACAUCAGUUCCCAACCAGUAGGUGGCAGCUGUUGGGGAUGGAUCCUGAGCUUUCAGAGGAGUCACUGGCGGGCUUGGGGGGCGGGCGCUGCCCAGAGCCUGCAGGAGCGCGCCUGGUCCCCAGUGAGCUGGGCAGUUCUGAAGUGGCGAAGGCUGGGAAGCACUGGUAGAGUAAUUCCCAUUGCUCCGUAUUGGAAUAAUGUUUAGUUACUUUUCUCUAUUAAAAAGUCAUGUUGCCCAUGAUUUUUAUGUCAAACUACAGUUAAAAAAUUUUUGUGACUUUUACUUUUUCAUUUAAAAAAUUUUACUAUUGAUUUUCUAUAGGCAGAUUUCAUUUGAAAAUAUCGUUUCAUUAUAAAGUUUGGCGCUAGCUUAACAUAAUUACUGCUCUAACAGAUUAUCGGGAGGUGAAAAUCUAGAGGUAAGUUUAGAAGUCCCUCGUUCCCUGCUGCCUAAGAAGCCGUCUCUGAUUGCAGGGAAAAGCCUCUAAAGGCCCCGAGGGGACAGCCAUUCCGGGCGUCAGCCUUCAGAGGGAGCCUUUUCCUGCUCACUUUCCUCCAGGAUUAGCUCUCCCCUCCUGCUCCUUAGAACACUCCCAGACAAAUCCUGUCCAUCUUCCACGGCCUCUCUGGUGCGCCCUCCCCAUGAAUCGGUUUCCAGUGCCGACAGCAGUGCCUGGCACGGGGCAGGUGCGCAGGCAGUGCCUGGAUGAGGGACCCGCUGUCUCAGACCCUUCUUUCUCAACUCCCUUCACCUCCUGUCCUUGCCACACAUUUACGUACACUCAGCUCUGGAGUUUUUGAUAGUUUAUGGGGCGUGCAUAUGUGUGUGUGUGUUUCUCUGACCAAAUUCAAGCUCCUGAGGGCAAACCUGAAACUCGUACUUCUUCCCUGUGCUCUGCUGCAGCCGGUGCUCCUACUCUCAUUUAUUUCAAGUGUUUUUUUUGGUUUCAGAGGAAGGGGAGGCAGGGAGGGAGAAACAUCAGUGACGAAAGAGUCAUUGAUCGGCUGCCUCCUGCACGCUCCACACUGGGGGUCGAGCCCACAACCCAGGCAUGUGCCCUGACCAGAAUUGAACCGUGACCACCUGGUUCAUAGGUCAACGCUCAACCGCUAAGCCGUGGCUGCUGGGCCCGUCUCAUUUUUAGUUGCCUCUCCUUCCCCGAGCUCUACACUAGACGGUCAGAAGCAGCCAUGCUUUCCUCGAGCAGGAAGUGAUAGCGGCAGUCCGGAGUUGUUAGUGAGUGAGGGGUUGGGACAAAUCAGGCCAAGAGCCCUGGAACGGAGAGUCAAUUACUGACCUUGCGAGGACACUGAACCACCUUCAGUGAGUGGGGAGCAUCAGAUGGGAGAGCACCGACAUCAAGAAGGCAUGGACCUGGCACCUGGUGUGUGUUUCACCGAACUGGUCACACUCUGGAGCUGUGCUGUCCCAGAUAGUGGCCGCUAGACCGUGGUGGUUCUUUAAAAUCAACAUCCGUUCGGCUCCGCCCUUACUCUAGCUACAGGGACGUGCUCCAGGGCCACCUGUGUCAGGUGGCCACGGGGUGGGCAGCGCAGGCCCGAACAUUCCCUUCACUACAGAAGCUUCUGUUGCCAGCACUGUGUUGAGCUCCCUGAUAGGAACAUCGUAGAAACCAGAAUAAUGAGUUUCGUUAAUUAGGUUAACAGUAGACACACAGAGUAUAUCACAGUGCAAAUGAUGAUUUUGGAUAAGAAGGGGUCGAGGACCUAUUUCUAGCAUUCUAAGAGCUAAGAUUUCUGUGUUCUUUGACCUACUUCUCAAUGUUCUUUACAGCAUGCCCUGUACCAUACUCUGUAGACAAAAAGAGCAAUGGUGUGAAGCUGUGAGAUUAAAAGCUUUGGCAGAAGUGAAUGCAAUGGGUUAUUUAGCACACAGACACGUCUAUUACAGACAAGUACAUGUAUAUUAACUCAACCAUUGGCGAUGUCUUUGAACAAAGGUAUGGCUUUUCAAAGCAAUGGUUGCACCAUUAAGUAAUCAGGUGUCAUUAUUAAUCACAUUAUUUAUCAUGUGAGCCUUUAAAGCAGUUUUCUCAGGCUAAUAGCAGAAGUUAGAGAUUCAAAACAGGAGGAGGCAGCAUUUCCUGGUUUAAGAUGGAAGCCACGUAAGGAGAAAUGCAGAUGGCCUUAAGCUGAGAGGCCUCAGCUGACAGCCCAGGCAAAGGGCCUGCAUGGCCCCAGGCACCGAACACAGCCAACACCUGACCAGGUGGGCAGGCGGGUUCUCCUCUGCCUUACGACACCUUGAUUCCAGCCUGAGACCGGGCAGAGCACUCAGUCCAGCUGCCUGGACUUCUGUGAGAUACGCAGUGAGUUUCCAAAUUUGUGAUGAUGUGUUAUGUAGCAAUGAAAGAUGAAUACGGUAUUUAAAAGGUGAAGAGGGGAAAUCUUCGUACAGAUCCCUCUAGUAUGGUGGUGUUUUCGGCAAAUGCAUGAGUAAAAUCUUACUAGGAAAUCCUACACCUGUGCUUCAUCUGGGAUUUCUAUGCCAGAGAUCUAUCUUCAUUGGAAAUUUGUUGACAAAAACUUGUAGCAUCUUAGUAGUGCGUCUAAAGCAGUGGUUCUCAACCUGUGGGUCAAACGACCCUUUCACAGGGGUCGCCUAAAUACAUCCUGCAUAUCAGAUAUUUACAUUACGAUUCAUAACAGUAGCAAAAUCAGUUAUGAAGUAGCAACGACAAUAAUUUUAUGGUUGGGGGUCACCACAACAUGAACUGUAUUAAAAGGUCGUGGCAUUAGGAAGGUUGAGAACCACUGUUCUAAAGGAACUGCUAGGAGUAGGAAUCCAACAGUGUAUAAGGAAUCUUUCUCCUAGAAAAAGUAUUACCUUGUGCCGAUUUAGUCUGCUCAGAGCCUGUCAGUAUAUUAUUUAAGAAUGAUGAACAGUGGUAUUUUAAAUAAGAUACUAAAUUAGGAGGAAAGAUCCUUCUGCCUUUAUGUAGAGACGAUAUGAUCAAUCUACUUUGUACUGGAGUAUUUUUUUUUUUAAACCAAAACUUAUUGUCUAAGCACAGAUCAAAUCCUAUAGUGCCAACCAAAUUUUUGUACUUGGCAGAUAUUUUCCAAAAUAUCUCUGCUAGUGAAGUUUUUUAUUUUGGUUUGUCCAUUAACUGUGCUUAUUUUUAGUAUAAUGCUAUACUUACCCUUGAUGUAAAUAAAAUAAAACUAAAGGGAAAAAAAUGAGGCGCUAACACUGUCAGAAGUCAGAAAUUGGGGUCAUAAACGUAUCUUAUGUUUUGAGGGAACUUACAUAUCACAUCUAUCUUUUAUAGAAAACUUUUCCAAACUAUGUAGCAGUAUUAUAGUGUAAAGUUUGUUGUAAAUUUUAAUCUUAACAGAUAUAUGCCAUAACUAGUAUGCUUUCUUUAAUGCAUGUGGAUAGACAAUACUGACAAGACUAUUACCACAGUGUAUUUUUUUAAAAAAUAGGAUUUGUUACUAUGUCCAUAUCAUCAAUAUCUAUAUAUAAGCCCUUCUCACCGGAAACAGCCCCCUCACCAGUGUGGGCACUAAGUCACUUUCAAAGGGACGGGCAAGAACAACCUGGCACUCCCCAGUGCAUUUGAGUUCAGAAUUUAUAAGACACCAUUCAAGACAAUAAACUGUGUUGAAUGGACUGUACUUUGUGCUGUUAUCCCGUGUUGUCACUGUUGCAGUAAAAGUGUAAAGUCUGUGCUAAAGUCAGGUCUGUUUGUUGUGGGGAGUCCUCAGAUGUUAGGGAAGCUAUUCCAUGUGCCCCUUGCUGCUAGCACUUCCUUGGUUUAGUAGCUAGCAAACUGUCCCGGAAUCAGGUUCGGUACUCAAGUGUGAGUAGCAUUUCAUGAUUUAUUUGCAAUGCUCAGUGUUUGCUGAAAACAUCUUUUGAAUACAUUUUCUGAGCCUUAAAAAUGGUGAUAUCGCCAGUACUGUAAGAUGCACUGCCAGCAGAUUUGAUACUCUUCAUUAAGUAUAGACAGUAGUGUUUUCUAAGGAGAUUUAGAAGUCAGCUGAUUCACAUAAUCAUGCUUCAUUUAUGGAAUGAGAAACUAACGUGUUUUCUCGUUGAGAACACUGCGGGAGAGGUGGUGUGCGCAUCCGGGGAAGUUUCUGGAAGUACCCUUGGAGAAGCUGCCUGAGGAAUUCGUUUCCCAAGUUGUACUCACUUUUUUUCUCCUUAAUGUAUUGUACAUAUUCCUUACAAGGUCGUUAUUGGUUGAAUGGGUAAUACCUGUAGUAAUAUUUUAGGUACCUGUUAAAUUUUCAAAGGAAGCUUAUUUUCAAAUUUGCUGCUAUAACUUAACUGGUCCUGUUGACUGUGCCUUUCAUCCCUGUUUGUGCCACACCGUUCAUGUGUAUUUGAAAUAAAGACGUUUAAAAAUCCA